GCAGGGGGAGGCCGGAGCGCCCACAGCUUCCCAGUUCUUCCUCCCGCGGGGAGGAGGCGCAGCCAGUGUCCCCAGCUUCGCAGGCCGCCUGGGUGCUGGGGAGAGGGAGAGGCCCAACACCAGCCGGGGCCACCGCGCCCCGUGGGUGACGGCCUCCCUGUGGACCCGGCUGUGCAGAGGGCAAGGAGGCGGCUGGGGCCCUGGGGACACCGUCCGUGUCACUGUAAUGGAAACUUCUCAGCUGGGGCGUGAGCCGCAGCAGCUCCGAUUCCUGCCCUGCCGGAGGGAGGCUCUGGUCGCUGGUGGAUUUCGGGCCGGUCGGGUGGGCCAGCGCCCCCGCGGUGCAGCACGACAGCAGCCAGGACCAUGCUCCAGUGAAUGAGGGCUGCCGCGCCAGCGUGGGGCCCCUGCACCCGGCCAGAGACGCCACGUCAGGCCAGAAGGGAUGAGGAGGCCGCUGGGGGCUCGCGGACGUCCAGGGCGGAGCGGGAGGGUGACAGGAAGUGUCCCCCCUCCAUCCUGAGACGCAGCCUGCCAGAGCGCCCCAGCCCAGGGGCCCAGCCACAGAGGACCUCGAGGCGCGUGCGGUUCCGAGAGCCCCCGGAGGAGGCCGUCCACUACAUCGCUGGCAGGGACGCCACGGCCACCACCAGGGGGGCUGACCCUGCCGCACCCUCCGCCCCAGCACCUGGCCGGGCCGCGCCCCGCGUCUCCCUGUUCCUGCGACUGUCCGUGUGCAUCCUGCUGGCGGCGGCUCUGGGUCUGUAUUGCGGCCAGGCCAAGCCCAUGGCCAUGACCCUGGAGGACCUCCAGGCCCGGCUCCUCGCCCUCCUCUUGCACCUGCGGCACGUGGCCCUCGCCUGCUGGCGCUGCCUCCUGCAGCUCUGACGGGCGCUGGACGGCGGCCCCUGCGGGCGGGGCCGCGGGCUGACCCUGGCUCUGGGCUGCCCCAGGUUGGGGGACUGAAGGGCAGCGGUUGGAGAAAGGGGCCCCCGGGGGAGGAGCUCAGACACGGGGUGGGGCGGCCACGCGGCAGGCAGCACCACCCACGCCAAUCCGCAAGGCCCCUCCGGUUCCCUGUGGCGGGUCCACCGUGUGAGAUUCGAUAGGAAAAGGAUUCAGCUACUAACAGGUGGGGACUCGCAGGCCCUGGCCCCGCCCUGGCUCACCCAGAGACCCCUCCCUCACCGUGGCAGGAGUCUUAGUGCUUCUAGGCCUGGCCCAGACGUCACCAUGUACAGCCCCCGAGGACAGGGACGCCCCGCCCCCGAUCGGUGGGACUGCUUGGAGUCCAGACCUCGAAACCCCCUUGCCCUGUUGUCAGAGAGAAGAUUCUGGGUGUUGGAGGGGGACCUCCCUCUGCAGUCCACGUGGGGCCCCUCGGUGUUGGCGUCGGGGUCUGACCCCUCAGCCCCACAAGCCUGGGGAGGCCCAGGGAGGAGGAGUCCUCAGGGCCGAGUGUGGAAGCUGAGGGGACAGCCAAGGGCGAGGGGCCCAGACCCCCCAGGCCUUCGGAACUCGCUCCGAUAGCCGGGGGAUGCAGCCACACCCCGGAUCCAGCCAGUGCUGCCCCAGCUGGGGCCUGUGGGUCCCUGUGACCAUCCGUAGACGCAGCUCUGGUGCCCAACUGCAGGGCUGAGGGGCACCCUGUGGUGACAAACUCCAGGCCCCUCCAGACCCUGCCUGUGGGGAGGAGUGAACAAAGCACGGAGGCCCAAGGUCAGACACCAGGAGGGACUGCCCAGGAGACACUGGGACAGUCAGAUGAGUGUCCACGGGGCCGGCCUGGGACUCCAGGGCGCAGCCACCAGUGACCUGCUGCCCUGCAGGGGCUGGAGAGCAGCCCCCCACAGCUCACGUGGGGGACACUGCUAUUAAACACACCUCGACAUCUUCA